CUUUGUUUUCUACCUCAUCCGGUCUUAACUCUAAGAAUGUUACCUUCUUCGGCCUAACCAGCAAAUUACCCGGUAUUCUACUUCUAAACAGAAACACACCGUAGCCUCAUAAUAAACAAGUAUAAAUAAGAAUUGAUAUGACUAGGAUAUUUAACAUACAGUUUAGUUUGUACACGUUAAAGUACCGGUAGUACAGCAGAGACUGAGGUAAUGUGCCAUUUAAAAAAAAAAUAAUAAAGUUAAAAGUAGUAUCCCCAUCACUCAGUCGAGUAGACUAGUAAGAUGGUAGAGAUUUCUUUUUUUUUUUUUUUUUUUUUCUUUUUUUUUUUUUUUUUUUUUUUUUUUCCUUUUUUUUUUCAUAUACAGCUAAACUCUGUUUCUUGAUAAAGAGGAAAGAGAAGGUAAGUCAUAGCGGACAUCUAGAGACGAUAGCUAGAGAACAGAAGGCUCGGGUUUGGAAAGAAAUCAGUUAAGCCAUUAUUAAGCCCUAUUUUUGCUAACGGCGUGGCCCAUGCUGCUCCUGGGAGUUGAAAAGGCAAAGAACAAGUGAAAGCGUCCAUCCGUUUAUUUAACACAAAAAUUGUCAGCGGGCGGCAUUGGUCAUUUUACCCACGUUACCCCCCCCCCCCCCCCGGUGUUUCUUUCAGGCAAUCAACUUUUCAAUUAUGUUAUAAUAAUAUUGUAUUAAAUUAAAGCAAAAACUUUUUAAAAAAUUUGGCACACACACAACUGUACAACAGCAUUGGAAACUGUAGGGUAAAAAAAAAAAAAUGAAACCUGGAAAAAGGUAAAAUGUAUAACUAUUUCGAUUUCAUCUUUUUUAUCUGUUUCUCAAUGCAUUAAUAAAACACUAUCAAUAUGAAUAGUGCUUUUUGGCACUGUUAAACCCUGACAUGACGAAACUUGAAAUAGCACAGUCACUGUCACAUACAUUAAAUCGAGCCCCUCCACGAAUUUAAAAAAAAAAUUAAUUAACAAUACAAGAAUUCAUUUUUGCGAAUAACUAAAUUUAGUUUUGCGCCAACCUACACAGAGAAGUGCUAUGAAUUUUUUUCAAGUGUUAGUAUUAAAGCGAUUUUAAAAAAACAACACACAAUUGAUUUAAGCGACUCUAAAACUAUUCAACUACGGUAAUUCAUUUGGUUUAAACUUCUUCAGUAGUAUUUUGUUUAAUGGUUCUGAUACGUCGAGCGUCACAAAAAGUAUUUAAUAUAAAUAGGCCUACAGUGCCCGGCCUACAGUGCCCGGAUGCAUCAAGUAAGUUGUGACGCUGGGUUAUAUAAUCGCCAGGGACGGAUAGCUCGAAAAGCGGUUUGUCAAUACUGGCUUCUUUUUUUUUUUAAAGAAAAUCAUUUAUACUACUUCACUUUGGUUCGUGUCUUUCUUUAAUUUGUGGCAAUGUUUUCGGAAGGUUAAUUGAGCCACUUCCUGUCAUCCUAUCGAGCUGAAAUGUGGCACAUAGACUCGUUGCCAAUGCUAAAUUAUCAUUAAAAUAUUACCUUCUAUAUUUUGCGGGCCCACGAUCAAUGUAUUAGUCUUAUAAUAGUAUGUACUUAAAAUUUAAUUAGUUUAAUUUUAUUAAAUAGCGGCUUCUAGUAGUGUAGGCCUAUAUUACUUCAGAUGCCACAUAGGCCUAUGUUACUCCAGAUGCCACAUAGGCCUAUACUACUCCAGAUGCCACCUAGGCCUAUGUUACUCCAGAUGCCAAAUAGGCCUAUGUUACUCAAGAUGCCACCUAGGCCUAUGUUACUCCAGAUGUCACAUAUGCCUAUAUUACUCCAGAUGUCACAUAUGCCUAUAUUACUCCAGAUGCCACCUAGGCCUGCACUGAGCUGGUUCUCUCAAGUCAUCCCACGUCAUCACAGGAGACUAUCUCUCCGAUUUCACCGUUUGAUGACUAUCCCCUAACUGAAAAUUACAGCUCGUUUUUUUUUUCCCUAUCAAUUUCGCUCGUCUUUUCACCCGCGAUUUCAAUUUAACCGGUCAGAAUAAAAAGACUGAAUACACGGUGUGUAGAAUUCAUCCAAUUAAUGAAUGAUGUCAAUGAAACAGCUUUCAUGUUUUUGUUUUUAUGUAUGAAUGAUUUAUAGUUUUCAAUGAAUAAACUUUGUGAUGAAAUUAGAUCUUAGAGGUUGGGGGGGGGGGGGAAGGGGAAUUACCAACUAAAUUUAUUUAAAAAAAUUAGAACUCUUUUCAGAUUUAAUUUGGCGGAUCAAUCAAUUUAGUCUGCUUGAAACACGAUGUCUGAAACUGAAGGCAUGAGUCCAACCGUGAAGACCUUCGUGAUAUUUGACACAGAGACCACUGGACUGCCGAACUCAAGUGACAGCCCGAGAAUUACUGAGCUGAGUUUCAUCGCUUUGUCCAGGGACGGACUGCUGGACGCGUCAAAACCGUCCCGUGUUGCCAGCAAGCUUCUUCUGUGCUUUAAUCCUCAAAAGGAGAUAGACCCUAAAGCUUCUUCACUGUCAGGUACGGAAUGAAUGAACUAAUAUGUGCACAAUUUUUAUCUUAAACGUUUAGGUCUUCAAUAGGACAUAGUGUGUGCUCUGUUGUCAGUGUGACAAGAUGAGUCGGGCAAGGGGGGAGUCGGGACCCUGUGACUCUUGGAGCUUUCUCAUGUGUCUCAGAUGGAGAAUUACUUGAAACAAAGUUCACUGAACUCAUGUAUGCAUCUUUUAGAGAUGUUCAAAAUAAAAGUGAAAUGAGGAGGAACAAAAGCUAUAGACUUGCCACUUUCAGCAAGAACUGUGACAGAAAGAGCUGUGACAGAAAGAGGUGUGACAGAAAGAGCUUUGACAGAAAGCUGUGACAGAAAGAGAUGUGACAGAAAGAUUUGUGACAGAAAGAACUGUGAAAGAAAUAGGUGUGGGGAUGGACGUAAAAUGACUAAUCAGCAUGUUGAAGACAUAAAAUCGGCAUCACGAUAUUCUCUAGCAUGUGAUAAGUCUUGUGUUGUGGAUGACAUCGUGUCUUGUGUUGUGGAUGACAUUGUGUCUUGCGUUGUGGAUGACAUUGUGUCUUGCGUUGUGGAUGGCAUUGUGUCUUGUGGAUGAAAUUGUGUCUUGUGAUGUGGAUGACAUCGUGUCUUGUGUUGUGAAUGACAUUGUGUCUUGUGUUGUGGAUGACAUCGUGUCUUGUGUUGUGGAUGACAUCGUAUCUUGCGUUGUGGAUGGCAUUGUGUCUUGUGAUGUGGAUGACAUUGUGUCUUGUGAUGUGGAUGACAUUGUGUCUUGUGAUGUGGAUGACAAUGUGUCUUGUGUUGUGUAUGACAUUGUGUCUUGUGCUGUGGAUGACAUUGUGUCUUGUGCUGUGGAUGACAUUGUGUCUUGUGCUGUGGAGGACAUUGUGUCUUGUGAGUGGAGGACAUUGUGUCUUGUGAUGUGGAUGACAUUGUGUCUUGUGAUGUGGAUGGCAUUGUGUCUUGUGAUGUGUAUGACAUUGUGUCUUGUGCUGUGGAUGACAUUGUGUCUUGUGCUGUGGAUGACAUUGUGUCUUGUGCUGUGGAUGACAUUGUGUCUUGUGGAAACCAUUGUGUCUUGUGAUGUGGAUGAUAUUGUGUCUUGUGAUGUGGAUGAUAUGGAGUCUUGUGAUGUGGAUGACAUUGUGCAAGUUGGUACAAGAAGAGUUGAUUGAACUAACGCCAAUCAGGGGACAAACUGGGCAAGGCCACGCAGGGGACAGACUCGGCAAGGCCACGCAGGCGACAAACUGGGAAAGGCCAUGCAGGGGACAAACUGGGCAAGGCCAUGCAGGGGACAGACUCUGCAAGGCCACGCAAAAGACUAACUGGGAAAGGCCAUGCAGGGGACAAACUGGGCAAGGCCAUGCAGGGGACAGACUCGGCCAGAAGAUAUUGCGAAUACAGUCUCCGAAUGCUUGAAAAAGAAAAUGCAGAUUAAUAUAAAUUACCAUCAACAAACUGACAUCAGUUGCUAUCAACAAACUCACAUCAGUUGCUAUCAACAAACUCACAUCAGUUGCUAUCAACAAACUCACAUCAGUUGCUAUCAACAAACUCACAUCAGCUGCUAUCAACAAACUCACAUCAGUUGCUAUCAACAAACUCACAUCAGCUGCUAUCAACAAACUCACAUCAGCUGCUAUCAACAAACUCACAUCAGUUGCUAUCAACAAAUUCACAUCAGUUGCUAUCAACAAACUCACAUCAGUUGCUAUCAACAAACUCACAUCAGCUGCUAUCAACAAAGUCACAUCAGUUGGGGAUUGUUCGCAAAUUACUUCACGCUUUAGGGGGGGGGGCGGGGGGGCCCAGAAUUUAUGACGUCACUUUUUUUUAAAAAUCUAAAAUUUUCUUAUUUUGACAAAAAAUAUCUUUAUUUAAUUAAUUUUAAAAAACAUUAAUUUGAUGUCGAAAUCGCCUCAGGUAUUAUAGAUACUAUGAAACUCAAUUUUCUAAAAAUACUACAUCUUAAUCCAUUAUGGGAAAAUUGUAAAGAAUAAAAUAAAAUCUUAGUUUAGUUAUGAUAAUUGUGUUUAUGUUUAGAAUUUGUUUAGGUGUGAUGUGACACUUGUGGGGGGGGGGGGUAGGGGUAAAGAAUUUUUGACACUUCAUGACAGGGGGAGGGGUGUCUAAAAGGGUCAUUUUUUAGCGUGACGUAAUGGACCCCUUGCCAUAGCUGAAGUGCUAAUAAUUUGUACUUUCGCUUCUCUCAACUUUUAUAUUCACAUAGUUUUGUUCAAAUAGUUUUUUUUUUCCAAUAUGAUUUCCGUUAAGAGCAAAUGAAUAAGCCAACUGAAUUAAAUUAGUCUUUAGUUAUGCGUCAAACUGAAAGCAACAGAGUCUUCACCAAAUGUUAAUCAACAUGACAUCCAACAGCAGAACUCUCAUUACAUUGUCUUAACCUUGUAUGGGUUAUUUAUUGUGUUCCAUUUAUCUCAACACUGAAAGACUAUUAGUGCACAAUAAAACAAUGUUUGAUUAUUUCUUGGCGUUUCAUUUCAUUAUUUUAGAUACCCUGUUAUUUUUUAUUUUUUUUAUAGUUAUUUUAUUUACUAUUUAAACAAUUUCCUGUGUUUAUUUUCCAGGAUUAAAGAAUGAUGCACUGGAGGUUUACGGCACAUUUGAAUCUCAUGCUUCAUUGAUCUGCUCAUUCUUGACAAGGUUGCCGCAACCAGCUUGUCUUGUAGCUCACAACGGAAACCGGCAAGUGGAAUUAUUAGCAGAGAGUUUAGAAUAUAUUUACUGAGAUUUGUUUUAAAAGAAGUGUUAUCAAAUAUAUCAAAGCAGUGGCGUAGCUAGGGUUGGUGUCAUCCCCCCCCCGCCCCACAUCCCACGACUUCCACGAUGUUCUUGUUAAAAGAAGUCCACAGUACAACAAUGUCAAGAACAAAAACAAAUUAAUUGAAGGUCAGGAGAUAAAUGUAUUGAAGAACGGUAACUUGUACUUAGCAUCGUCCGACCACAUAUAGUAUUUGGUAUUAAAGGGAAGAUUUAUUUCUCUGAAUUUAUAUGACUAUAGCCGCCUGUCACAUACGGAAAGUUACAUAACACAUCAAUCACCGUGUCACAUACGAAAGUGACAUAACACUUCAAUCAGCGAGUCACAUACGAAAGUGACAUAACACUUCCAUCAGUGUGUGAUCGGAUAUCCUUGUGUGUACUUCGGUUAGACCGUGCAGUGUGUGAUCGGAUAUCCUUGUGUGUACUUCGGUUAGACCGUGCAGUGUGUGAUCGGAUAUCCUUGUGUGUACUUCGGUUAGACCGUGCAGUGUGUGAUCGGAUAUCCUUGUUUGUACUUCGGUUAGACCGUGCAGUGUGUGAUCGGAUAUCCUUGUGUGUACUUCGGUUAGACCGUGCAGUGUGUGAUCUGAAAAUAUGCUAUUUUUCAAUUUGGUGUCACACCCACCCCCCACCCCCCCUUUGAGAUGGUGUCACUCGGUGCGGUGCGGUCCGCACCCCACAGCUGCGCCACUGCAUUAAAGGAAAUUAUUUAAUUUAAAUGGAUAAAUCUUGAAUGAGGUCAACUGAAUGUAAUACGCCAUGUAAGCGGUGCAACUAUCUGAUCAAGCUUGGAAAUCCAUCGGAAUUAUUGUUGGGCAUUUAUCUUGAAUCGGUCAAAGUAUUUCUUUUCAAAAUCGAAUCAAACGCUCGACUUAUAGUUGUUUUUUCCCCCAUUUAAUUUCAGCUUUGAUUUCCCAAUCCUCAUCUCAGAGCUUAGCCAUGCUGGAGAGCCUGUUCCGGUAAACAUUUUGUGCGUAGACAGCAUGAAGGGUUUCAGCGAACUCGAUGCGAAUGACAGCGGACAAAAAGCACCGUCUUAUGCUUUAUCUGAGCUGUAUAAACGCAUCUUCGGCCGCGAUCCCAUCGCAAGUCACACGGCCGAGGAUGACUGCAAAACAUUGCUCAGUGUCAUCCAAACCUACGGCUUGUCAUUUUGUCAGUGGUCUGAUCAAAAUGCCGUGCCUCUGGUAAAUAAAUCUAAAAAAAAGAAUUAAUUGGAGAUGUCUUGUCACAGGUGUUGCAUCCAGAAUAGUGAAAAUUAUUCUCAAUGAUGUUUACAUUACUUUUUCUAUCCCAAUCUAUAUUUUUAAGCAUACAUUUUUAAUAUGUAAGAAAUAAGCCUCAUUUUCACUGCUUUAUAUUUUGCUACAUAUUUUUACCUUGCUUCUAAUGGCUAAAUGGGGUGACAUUGUGUUGGUGUUUUACUUAAUAGGUACGUUUCUAUUUAAAUAUUGACAUUAUGAAGCUGCACAUUAUAGUAUAAAAUAAAAAUUGGAUGAGAUACCUUAUGAAAAUCAAUAAAAUGUUCUUUAAUGGAACAUUACAAAAAAAAUAAUUUUAAUAAAAUAUUUAUUUGAUUUGUUGAAUAGAAAAGAAAUCCGAG